AUGAUUAUUGGUUCUUUGAAUAUUAGAGGGGGAGCAAAUGCGCUCAAAAGAAGGAGAAUUAGUGCUUUGAUCGAAAAAGGAAAUGCGGAUAUUUUUCUUUUGCAAGAAACAAAGAUCACCAAUAUGAAUGAGACCUUGGCCAAGAGUUUUUGGAGACACCCGGAGAUUAGUUUCUCUUUUUCGAAUUCAGUGGGAAGAUCGGGCGGCUUGAUUACUUUAUGGAAGAAAAGUAACAUGGACGUUCUUCUUAGUUUCAAAGGGGAAUGCUUUUUGGGUAUGAAAGUGUGUUGGAAGGAAGACUUUUAUUACGUUGUGAACGUUUAUUCUUCUUGCGAUUUGUGUAAGAAGAAGGCUAUGUGGGACAAAUUACUUGACUUGAUGAGUAUGUAUAGUGACGGGGAAUGGAUAAUAGGAGGAGAUUUCAACGCAACCAAAAAUGGUAGAGAAAGAAAAGGGAGAGCGGGUGGGAGUUACAAGAAGGAGAUGGAGCUUUUUGCGGAGUUCAUUCUCAAGAGCUCUUUGGUAGAAACUCCGUGUAAAGGGAAGAAAUUUUCGUGGUAUAGUGGAGAUGGUAAGUCUAUGAGCCGGAUAGAUCUUUUCUUAUUAUCUAAUACCGUGGUGAAUCGGUGGGAGGUUAUUGGUCAAAUGAUUGGGGAUAGAGACAUAUCGGACCAUUGUCCCAUUUGGAUUAUGACGGAUAAAUAUAAUUGGGGGCCGAAACCAUUCAAGUUCAAUAAUGAAUGGUUUUCUUUUGAUUCUUUUAUUCCUUUUGUUGAAAAGGAGUGGAAGUUAUUGAAGGUGGAAGGAAGAGGCGACUUUGUUUUGAAAGAAAAGCUUAGACUCCUAAAAGACAAACUCAAAUAG